UGUGACGCGGCCGCGGUGCAUGCUGGGAUAUGGCGAGCACGCACAGCUCCUCCCCACGUGUUUGAGUGACUGCGAUCAGCAGCAACAUGGCAGCAGCGUCUUCUCUCAUCGACACGAUCCACACACACACAGAGAUCCUCACAAAGUCCAGCUGAAGAACUCCAGCACAACUCGACUACCGCCGGGUUCGGAGCGGGGACGCGCACGUCUGCUGACGCACAUCUCAGAUCGCAACCUCAGCGUCAGGCUUCUGUUGAUUAUUUCAGUGGAUCCGCGAGGCCUCGGUUUGAAGUCCACUGGCAGUGGUUCCUCCUCCGGUCUUCAUCAUGGCCAGCGGAGAUGAUGAUGAUCCAAUUAUACAAGAGAUUGACGUGUAUCUGGCCAGAAGUCUCGUGGAGAAGCUGUAUUUGUUCCAGUAUCCAGUGCGUCCUGCUUCUAUGAGCUAUGAUAAUGUGACUCAUUUGGCGGCCAGGAUUAAACCCAAGCAGCAGAAGGUUGAGCUGGAGGUGGCCAUGGACACCAUGAGUCCGAACUACUGCCGCAGCAAAGGCGAGCAGAUCGCGCUCAAUGUGGACGGCACGUCCUCAGAGGACCCCAGCGUCUACUCGACGAAGAUGAUGGACAAGCAGGCGUUCUCCUCGAUCCAGGCGACCACGAACACGUCCCGCUACGCUGCGGCUGUGUUUCACAAAGGAGAGCUUCAUCUCACUCCACUGCAGGGAAUCCUUCAGAUGAGACCCAGCUUCACCUACCUUGAUAAAGCUGAUACUAAACAUAGAGAGAGAGAGGCGGCCAAUGAAGCUGGAGACUCUUCUCAGGAUGAGGCAGAAGAUGAUGUUAAACAAGUCACUGUGAGGUUUUCCCGGCCCGAGUCAGAACAGGCCCGUCAGCGCCGCAUCCAGUCCUACGAGUUCCUGCAGAAGAAACAGGCUGAAGAGCCCUGGGUUCACCUGCAUUACCACGGUGUAAAGGACGGACGUUCUGAGCACGAGCGUCAGUAUCUUUACUGCCAGGCCAUGGACACGGCAGAAAACACAGAACUGGUGAAAACCCCUCGUGAAUAUCUGUCCAUGCUCAUGCCUCCGCUGGCUGAAGAAAAAGUCACCAAGCCCGUGGGUCCCAGUAACGUGCUCUCCAUGGCGCAGCUCCGCAUGCUGCCUCUGGGAGAACAAGUCAAGACGCUGAUGAAGAACGUGAAGGUGAUGCCGUUUGCCAAUCUGAUGGGGCUGCUGGCCUCAGGGACGGACUCCACCGCAGUGCUGCGCUGCAUCCAGCAGGUGGCGCUGCUCGUCCAGGGCAACUGGGUCGUGAAGAGUGACGUGCUGUAUCCCAAAAACACCUGCAGCUCCCACAGCGGCGUUCCUGCUGAAGUGCUCUGUCGCGGACGAGACUUUGUGAUGUGGAGAUUCACUUCAGAGCGGACCCUGAUGAGAAAAGAGGUCACUGCCAUCAUAAAGCUUCCUCCAGAGGACGUGAAGGACUUCCUGGAGCAGAUGUCUGUCCCUCGAUUAAACCGAGGCUGGGAGUUCCUGUUGCCCACAGAUCAUGAUUUUGUCAGAAAGCAUCCUGAUGUGGCUCAGAGGCAGCACAUGCUUUGGCUGGGCAUUCAGUCCAAGUUGGAAAAAGUGUUUAACUUCUCCAAAGAUGACUUUGUGCCGAAAAAGGAUGCUCAGAUGGAGCCCGUGCACAUCAGCGGAGACCAGCGUGUGAAAUCAGCGAGGGAGAACGCUAGAGAAAACCAGUCCGUCAUGCAGCGGGAGCUGGACGCUCGGAGACUGAAGGCGUCCAGGAACACGGGCUCGUCCGGUGAAUCUGCGGCCCCGGUGCAGGUCAAGCAGGAGCCCGUGAGUGACUCUGAAGAGCCCAUGGACACGUCCGGUCCGCUCACAAACGGCUCGAUCAACGGUUACCCCAACUCUACCUCUCCAGCCUCGGACCCUCAUAACGGACACGCUCACGCCUUCACCCCGGAGCUCCAGGACUUUGUGCGGAGCACCUUCCGGAAGCACUAUGUUUUGUGCCUGAGUGAAGUGAAGAGGCUGUUUAACCUGCAUCUGGCCAGUUUACCCACGGGGCACUCGGUGUACGGUCACGUGACGGACCGCAUGCUGCAGGACACCAUCCUCCAGAGCCAGUGCAAGCAGAUCCUGGUGCCUUUUCCUCCGCAGAGCAGCGCUGCGGCAGACGAGCAGAAGGUCUUUGGGCUGUGGGAGAGCGGGGAGACCUUCGACAAGCACCGGCAGGUUCUGUUCGAGAUCUUCAUGAAGAACUAUCGCGUCAGAAGAAACGUGAUCCAGACGCGCCUCACGCAGGAGCUCGGUGACGCCGUCACCAAAACAGAUGUGGACCGGCUGCUCAAGGAGUGCUGCAUGAGUUUAGGAGGCAUGUGGUAUCUGAAGGGAACCGUUCCCUCCUGACAGGAGAGCCGGAGCGCCGCACAUCCCGUCAACCACACGUCUCCCGAGUGAACGCGGAGCCAACACACCAACCAAUCACUGCCCUCGGCUGACACCACCGGCCCGGGGACACGCCCACUCCGGAGCAUCCGCUUACGUUAACCCUUCCGUCUGGUCACAUGAGCGUCUCACGAAAAGGGCUGAAGAUUCAUCCGAUCCUGCGUUUGUUGAAAAUUGAAGUUGAAGGAAAGGAGUCAGUUAUGAUGGUUUUCUUUUGCUUUCUUUUUUUAUGACCUAAUAUGAAAGUGGGUAUUGCUAAUAAAAAUGACAGGAGAUCAUGAUUCAUCUCAUUUUCUCCUGCUUGUGGCCUUUGGGAGCUUGUCGGCAGAUUUUGGCCUUGUUUCUUACCUUUAGCUGACUGAAAAAAGAUGUUUGGUUCAAAAUCGUUUUCUUGAUUUUAUUGCAUAAUGAGGAUUAUUAUUAUUUUUUUGUUUUUGGUAUUUUGCCCCAUGUUUAAGAAUGACCCAAAGAAAACAGGCUGCAGGAUUCGGACACGUUUGAAGAGCACUAGAUUAUAAUAAAUCCCCUGAAAUGUUAAUUUCUCAGCUCUCUCUGGGUCAGAUGAAGGCUGUGGAGCUCCCGUUGAAAUGUUUACAGCUCCGACAACCAAAAAUAAAAAGGACAAAAUGUAACGUUGGUUGAUUCUGGAGCAGUUUAGAUCAGUUCUAACAGACAAACCUUGUAAAUCUAAUAUAUGAAUCAACGCUCAUGAAUAUUUAUUGGACCUGAAGGGAGACUGACAUCGGCUCUGAAUGACAUUUGCAGUCUUGUCAAUUUUAUUUCAGACCGUUUAUGGCAUUCUGCUUAAAUGCUGAUGCAAUUUAAAAAUGAAUGAAUAUAAAAUGCAUAAUGGUUACACUUAUUUUAUUUUUUUCCUCCCCUCUCUCAUCAUGCAAGUGAUCUGGGAUUUUUGCUCAAGUUGCUAAACUGUGUUUGGGUGUGAAAGAAAGUGCCUCUUAGUUAUUCAGGGGAAAUAUUCUAUCAGUAUGAUUUGCAAUCUUACAGUUAUGACUGAAAUCACCUUCACAUGUCCGUGUCUCUUCCACGCCUGCGUAUAAAGCGCUCACUGUCCGUCUGUUUAUUAAGCAUUCCACAUAUUCAUAUUCUGGAUCAUCGUUGCCAAGUAUGUACAGUCACACACUCAAACAGCAGAGAACCCCAAAUCUGACCUUUUUUAUUUGUAUGUAAUUCUGAAUAAACGUUGCAACUGACAACUCCUCUUCAAAA